CAGGGCACCUUCAACAAGCUCUACUUAUUACACCGUGCAGGCGAAUGGCAAACGCUUGUUCUGUUCUUUUCGUUUUCGCUACCUGUGGAUCCCCGUCACAAAACGAUGGCCCCUAUCUGCCAAGCACGACAAUCACGGACGGUUUCGAGAUGCGGACCCCACAUCUGCUUGUCGGCUAAAUUGAAUACUGGGUCUCGUGCAUGGUCCCCUCACCAUGCACCACCACCUACAACAUAGGUACCUAACUAAUUUACAUAUACAGACUAUUCCGUACAGAUACUUCCAUCACAACACAUCCCCGAUUUUACAGGCAAGACCUCACACCAUGCCGCUUGUUCGCAACCCGAUCCUCCCCGGCUUUAAUCCGGAUCCGUCGAUUCUCCGGGUCGGCGAUGACUACUACAUCGCCACCUCGACGUUUGAGUGGUUCCCAGGGGUACAGAUCCAUCACUCAAAGGAUCUGGCAAACUGGGAGCUCAUCACGCGUCCUCUCAACCGCAAGAGCCAGCUCGAUAUGCGGGGAGACCCGGACAGCUGUGGCGUCUGGGCACCAUGCCUGACCCAUGACGGUGAACGGUUCUGGCUGGUUUACACCGAUGUGAAGCGCAAGGACGGCUCUUUCAAAGACGCCCACAACUACAUCGUCCACUCCCCGACCGUCGAGGGACCGUGGUCUGACCCCAUCUACGCCAACUCGUCGGGCUUUGACCCGUCCCUCUUCCACGACGACGACGGCCGCAAGUGGUUUGUCAACAUGCUGUGGGACCACCGCCGGCGUCCCCUCCUAUUCGCGGGCAUCGCUCUCCAGGAGUUUGAUCCCGUGGCCGGAAAGCUCGUCGGGCCGAGGAAGAACGUCUACGAGGGGACCGACCUGGGACUCGUCGAGGGGCCACAUCUCUACAAGCGGGAUGGAUGGUACUACCUCCUGACUGCCGAGGGCGGCACUGCGUACGAACACGCCUGCACUCUGGCCCGGUCCCGCGACAUCUGGGGUCCGUAUGAGACCCACCCCCAGAAGCAUAUCCUCACCUCCAAGGAUGCCCCAUUCGCCGCUCUGCAACGAGCGGGCCACGGCGACCUUGUUGAGACCCCCGAGGGACGGACGUAUCUGGUACAUCUCACCGGUCGGCCCACGGGCCAGGUUCGUCGGUGCGUCUUGGGCCGCGAGACGGCCAUCCAGGAGGCCUACUGGGGCGACGACGGCUGGCUGUACGUCAAGAACGGCCCGGUGCCCUCACUUCACGUCGACGUUCCGGGAACGCGCUCCGACGACAAGUAUUGGGCCGAGCAGCGGUACACCUUCGACGGUGGCUUGCACAAGGAUUUCCAGUGGUUGCGGACGCCGGAGCCGGAGCGCAUUUUGUCGACCGACGGCGGGAAGUUGACCCUGACUGGCCGCGAGUCCAUCGGCUCCUGGUUCGAGCAGGCCCUGGUGGCGCGGCGGCAGACCCAUUUCUCCUACGACGCUGAGACUGUCGUUGACUUCUCUCCCUCCGAUGAGCGACAAUUCGCCGGUCUCACGGCAUACUAUUGCCGGUUCAAUUUCUUCUACCUCACCGUGACGGCACAUUCCGACGGGGAGAGGGAGCUCCUCAUAAUGAGCUCCGAGGCAUCUUGGCCAGGCAGCAACUUGGAGACUCCGCAGCCUGACCCGGUCCGGAUCCCUAAGAAUGGGAAAGUGAAGCUGGCCCUCUCCAUCCGUGGACACGACCUCCAAUUCUUCUAUGCCUUGGAGGGUGAGGAGGCCCUGAAGAAGAUUGGGCCCGUCUUUGAUGCGUCCAUCGUCUCUGACGAGUGUGGCGGCCAUCAAGCGCAUGGGAGCUUCACUGGCGCGUUUGUCGGUGUGGCUUGCUCUGAUCUGAACGGAACCGCGCUGCAGGCUUCUUUCGAUUACUUCAUCUACCGCCCGGUGCAGGACAAGACGGACCGCUACGAGAUUUAGAAACUCAGGAUUUAAUCGGCUAGUCAAUUGUAAGACCUUUUGAAUCGAAAUUCUGCAACAUCGUCCUUCUUUGUGG